UCUAGGAUAGUAUGGUCUUGUGAAAUGAACACAAGUUUUGUCAGGCAUUUGUAGAUCUUGUGUGGAGUUUCUUGUUCGCUGACGACCCACCUGACACAGUCCGUCGAGCCUUAGGCAGCGUAACGAGAUGGCGCUAAUGGCUGCGACCGUGUGCCCUGCACUGGUUGUGCCAGCCUCAGUUACUGCUUCAGUCCGUCAACACGCUGUGUGCAGGGGAGCCGUCCGAAGCACCUUUCUUGGCGCUUCUCCCGCCGGGUCCCUCAGACACAGCGCGGUUGUCUCCUUUGCGACCCCCCAGCUUCGCUCUGGUCGCCAGGGCUCGUCGCGGGUGGUGUGCGGGCUGUUCGGGCUGGGCCUUCCGGAGCUGCUUGUCAUCGGCGGUGUCGCUCUCGUGCUCUUCGGCCCGAAGCAGCUGCCUGAAGUGGGCAAGGGCCUAGGGAAGACCGUAAAGGGCUUCCAGGAGGCUGCAAAGGAGUUCCAGUCAGAGCUGCAGGCUGCUGCCAAGGGAGACGACUCAGAGACCACUGAUGCUACCAAGGCUGCUGUGCCUCCCCCUACGACCCCUGCGACCCCUGCGACCCCUGUGGCUCCUGCGACCCCCCCUCCCUCCUCCACUACCCCCAGUGACAAGAACUGACUAAGCGAAGGGUCUAUCAUAGCACUGUUUGCCUUAUUAAGUGGAGCCAUUGCUUGGCUUGUUUGGUGUGUUGAAAAGCAUUUUCCUGGUAUGAUGUAGCUAGUGUUCGCGAUUUUCUUGUAAUCUCGGUUUGUCAUUGUACGCAAGGCCGGUAUAUUAUGAGUACCUAGUGCCAGUCAAGAAUCCCU